CUCACAACACGACAACAUGGCUGACUGGGGUCGGGGACAUGGAGCAGUUGAUGACAUAUUGGAUGCCGAGAACAAACUUCUGGCGGAGAACCUGGCGAGCAAAGUGUCCCGUCUGAAGUCGCUGGCCUAUGACAUCGACAAGGACGCAGAGGACCAGAACAUGUACAUCGAUGGCAUGGACUCUGACUUCCUGAGUGCGACGGGAUUGCUGACGGGCAGCGUGAAGCGCUUCUCCACCAUGCUGCGCUCCAGCCGGGACAACCGCAAGAUCAUGUGCUACAUGUCAGGGGGGCUGGUGGCGCUCUUCUUCCUGCUCUACUACCUCGUCUCCCGCCUACAGAGAUGAGCACCACCGCUCCGACCCCACCCUCCACCAACAUUCAACCCCCGUACCCCUAGUCCAGACCCAGACCGACACCCCGUAACCCAGACCCAAACCCAGACCCGGUACCCCAAGCCGUGACCCUUUACCCCAAGCCCAGUCCCGGUACCCAGACCCCGAACCCCGUGCCCAAAGCCCAGACCCGUAGUCCAGACCUGGCACCCCAGUCCAGACCCCCCUACCCCUAGGCCGAGCCUGGUACCCCUAGUCCGGACCUGGUACCUCUAGUCCAGGCCUGGUACCCCUGCUUCAGACCAGCCGGGAGGCCUCUCAUCUGGGAGAAUCAUCACCAGGACUUCAGUUUACAACCCCACCAUCCUGUCACAAUAAUGAAGUUGUUCAUGAACUCCAGAGAGAUACUAGAGUCUGAAGAUCAGAACCUUUACCAGGGCGUACUGGGCGACCCACAGCGGAGCCACUGGGCGGACUGGAGCCUUCCACAGCUCCCUCAUCGAACCCCGGUCUGAUGGGGCAGAUGAGGUCCAGUCCCAGUGAGGCCUCACCGCCCCCCUCUGCUGGUGUUUCAGGAGCCUCAGUUGUAUGAGAGCUCUGUGCACACAUGUAUUAGUUGUGAUGGGAUUGUGUUGCCUGGGGAGAAAUGUGUUUAUCCUUUUAACUCUAAUAAUGUAUAUAGACUUUGGUUUUGGGAUGGGGACAUUUUUGUGAAAAGUAACAAGUGAUAAAGAAGCUUGAGGAUUCAGUUGAGUAUCAGGAUUAUAUGGCAUGGUUGAAAUAAACAUUAUGAUAGUAACAUUAAAUAAAGUGCGGCUUUUUAAGGAGAGAUGUGCUCUACUGCUCAUCAACCCUCAACCCUGUUCACAUCAGACAUUCCUUCUGUCAUGAGGCUAGAGUGGUUUUCCGAUGCCGAUACCAGUAUAGAAAAUUCCUCAGAUUCCGCCUAAAAUGCAGUAUCGGGUAUCGGCGACUAUGCAAGUCUAUGCGCCGAUCCGAUACCAUCACGUGACUCAUUUAUUACACAGGCAGAGAACAUCACAUAUUCACUACAGUGAUGUGAUUCGUUCGUUAACGGUCGGAGGCGGAAAGUCUGAAUGGAAAAAGCGUUAUCUCCAACCUACUGUUCGAGCUAAGUCGGAAAACAUGGAUGCUUACGCUUAACUGGAAGAAUACGAAUGUAUAAUAUAAUAAUAGAUUCUAAAUGUAUAUGAUAAGAACAAGUGCUAUUAGUAGUGCAGUGGGAUGUAGGAUGGGUUCCUGCAGUGUGGGUGGGAAUCGAGAACCGGUUCCUACUCAGAACCGGUUCGAACAAUUCUAUCGGAAUCGUACGCCUCCAACGUUAUCGAUUCUUCACCACGUUUUCCGGUUUACGCAAAUUUUUUGCGACGACCCUGCGCGCGCCGACAACCUUAAAACAACAAGGCAGCAUCGUGGAGACAGUAAGCGAUCGCAAGUCUGGUUCCAUUUCACCAAACGCAAUGAAAAUUCUGCCGUAUGUAAUCAGUGCAAUGCUAUCAUUUCGUGUAAGGGUGCAAACACCAGCAACAUGCUAAAGCAUUUGUCUACCAAGCAUGGAAUUAAGUCCCAAGAAUGCCAUGUGUUCAAAAGCCUGCAUACGAGUCAAACAAGCUCUACUAUGUCCUCCGUUGACAACGGUAACGUUCACAUUACAUAUCCUGCAUUAGCAGCCCACUGUCGCCUUGCAACUGCAGUUUUUAUAGUAGUAGUGUCGUAGUUUUUAUUAAUAAUGCCGACCUAUACAAAUUUCAUGCAUUUUAGAUGAUCGCUCUCAGGCAGCUGGUCCCUCGACAUCGGCUCAAGUUACCCCUUUCACUCCCAGAAAAGGCAGAUAUGGUUAUAUUCUUGCAUAAGAAUAUAUGUUCACUAUUUUGUUGACUUUUUAUAAUCCUUCCUAGAAAAGUUUUAAACUUUAAUUUAGUGACGUUUGGUUUAAGCUUACAGUUAUAUCUAAAAUAUGUAUAUAAAAGUAUAGUGUUAAAUCAUAAUUUAGCAUGUUCAAUUGUAAGUAAUAAUAAUAAUAAUAAUACAUUUAAUUUAGAGGCGCCUUUCAAGACACCCAAGGUCACCUUACAGAGCAUAUAGUCAUCAUUCAAAACUAUGUAAAACAGACUAGGAUGUGAUCCUUCCUAUUUUUUUUAUUACUUAUUUAUUGUCAGUCUUACUUAUUUAGACUAUAUUUUCUUGUUUCUUGUUCUUGUGUUAGUAUUUAGAAAAUAAAAUGGUUACUUUUGGUGCAGAAGACUGUAGAACUCUUUUUUUUGCCACUCAAUGAACUACUCAGGAAUCGGUAAGAGAUUUGAUAAGGAAUUGGAUCGAUGGGCAGAAUCGACAAUGGCAUUGAUAUUCAUAAAAACGUAUCAAUUCCCACCCCUUGUGAUGUAGGGUUGGUUCCAGCAGUGUGAUGUAGGGUGGGUUCCUUCAGUGUGAUGUAAG